CUAUGGAAUUAAGUUCCACUUUUUGCCUUAUUGGACCACUGUGAAUGUGAAUGAACAACUUGCUGCGUUCUAUGACCUAACACUACUUCGUCAGCAACAAUAGAAUCGCACCCAACACCGACCCCAUGCGUCCUCCGGUUGUCAACCUAACACAGCAAUCAGCUGUUGGAGACGGGCGUUUUCUGACGGCGCGUUUACGAGAUCCGAAAAUUAUGCACCUCGUACGUCUAUACCUUGCGUACAUGCAUGACUAAGACCCAACGGUUUGCUACAACGAUAUGACGAAAAUCAGCAUACAAUUUACUUUGGCAUUAGAGGGACUACCAGUAGCUGCGGAGGAGCUCAUGAAAUUUUUCUUCGAGGUACAUAAAGAAUUCGGCGUACCGAAACAAGCGGCUUCCAAAGACCUUAAUUCUUAUAGUAGACACCUGAACAACCAGAGGAUUCAAUCCCUGCAACGCGCAAGAGAAAGUGCCGACAAAUUUUAUAGACCGAAUUUGCGGAAAUAAUGACUCCUUUGGAUGAGAAAGAGAUGCAUCAUACGAUGGAUGGAAUCGAUAUGCUGGAUCCAUCCGGAUCAAUGACGACAUUAGCACCGAUGUCUGAUGCACCAAUAACAUCCACACAUCAUCAGUUACAUGGGUCGUACCAUAGCAUGAAUCAUAUGAUGGGACACCACCAUAACGGUCACCUCGGAGGACAUACACCAGACGGUUUCCUAGGAGCACAUCAUCCUGCAAUGGCAGUUGCUGUAGCAGCUGCAGGUCUGCAUCCCGAUACCGAUACAGAUCCUCGAGAACUUGAAGCUUUCGCUGAGCGGUUCAAACAAAGAAGAAUAAAAUUAGAAGGUGUAACACAGGCUGAUGUAGGCAAGGCACUAGCCAACCUCAAACUUCCAGGCGUUGGAGCAUUGUCGCAGAGCACCAUAUGUCGGUUCGAAAGCCUAACACUCUCGCACAAUAAUAUGAUUGCCCUAAAACCAAUCCUGCAGGCGUGGCUUGAGGAAGCUGAAGCGCAAGCUAAAAAUAAGCGCCGGGAUCCGGAUGCCCCAAGUGUCUUGCCAGCAGGCGAAAAAAAAAGUCUUUUUUCAAGAAAAAGGACUUCCAUUGCUGCUCCGGAGAAGCGCUCUCUUGAAGCCUACUUUGCCGUCCAACCACGACCUUCCGGAGAAAAGAUUGCUGCCAUUGCUGAAAAGUUAGACCUAAAAAAGAACGUAGUUCGAGUGUGGUUUUGUAACCAACGUCAAAAGCAAAAACGUAUGAAAUUUGCCGCUCAACACUGACCCCCUCAUCAGGGUGCUCAAUUUAGUGGCUUAGUCAGUAGUGUAGCUACACUAGGAGGAAACGGUGGUGUAACUGGGUUUGGAUACUAACUCAAUUUAACCAUUCUAGUUGUACAAUAGCUCGGGACCCAGCGUUAGCAAGAGUAAAAUGCUUGAUUUAACAUUAUGUAUAUAAAACUAUCGAAAUAGUAUUUUAGCCUAAAAGUAGAUGCUAGUAAUACGAAAAGUAAAAUAAAUACGAAAUUGUGAUUUCGAACGUAGAAGCUUAAAAGUAUGAAACGAAAGAACCAUGUACAGUCUAAGUAAGAUUUUUAUUGUCAAGUUCAACGAAAGCAGUACGAAAAACGAACUGAUUAAUUCAACAUGUGCAAUAUGUCAUUUAGAUUACAAAACAUAAUCAAAUGAAAAGAACUUUGACUUAUACAUUCCACUUCUAUUUCUUCUCCAAACGUAGAAAAAUUGAUUACAUUUAAAUAUUGAAUCACGCAAACUUAAAACACACAUUGUCUUAAAACACCAAAAGUGCUGUAAAGAAUAACACUUUGCAAUACUAAUGGCAAUUCAUACAGUAUGUCAAACAGUCACGAACUAUUUGAACAAGGCCAUAAACUAUUUUUUAAAUUGUCUCAAAAAGGUAUGGCGAUAGUACACCAUUAUACAAAAACAGUGAAAUUAGAGCGAUAUUAUAAUUUGUGUGAACAACUGAUAUUUUAGUAAAAAGGCAUUUGUGUAGAAUAUUGUAGGAUGAAAUAAAAAAAAAAAAAUUUAGUAAAACAA